CAUAGUGUAAAUGUAGCUUAUGUAGAGAGAUGUAUUGUGUGCAUUCUGUGUUGUUAUUUCAAUUGUUUGGUGUUUAUUGUUGAUGUAUUCACUGUUAUGUUGUGUUUAGGGUAUUUAUCCAGUAUUGUAGAUUUUUUAUGUAAUGAUUUGUAAUGUUUGAUCCAUGUAAAUUGUCACCCAAUUUCCAGGAGUGCUAUGACAUGAUUAUUCCGGCAAGGGGCGCUGUUGGCGGUUAAAAAUAGCCGCUUGCCUUUAAGCGCCUAACAAGCAGGCAGGCAGGAAGCCUCUCUCUCUCUCUUUCUCUCUCUUUCUCUCGCUCACGCCCUCCCUCCCCAGUAUCCAGCUAUGGCGUCUCUGCAGUGGCUUCAUUCCCAACCGAGCUUGGCACUACUAUUGACGGCGAAGAGGUGGUAAACGCACCACCCCUUUCUUUCUCUAGCAUUUCCUCCCUUUUUUUUAUUUUUACCAGAAGGACGUUUGCGUGUCGCAGACACUGACGGACAUUGCGCACUCUUUACUGAACAGAGAGUCGCUGCUGCUGUUGCUGUUGUUGUGGUUGUGGUGCACAAACAAGCCUUGGCUGUCACGCAUCGAGACCACCAUAAGGGAGGAUUGUUAGUUUGUCAGAAGGCGAAUGGACCAUGGAUGGGCAUCAGCCCUCCUGAAAUAGACCCUCCACCCCCGUCUCACUCGGCUGGCUGGACGCCCUUUUUUGCUAAAUCCAAUUCAGGAGAUCAUCUUCACCUCUCCCAUCCUCCUCCUCCUCCUCCUCCUCCAACAUCAAGACUGCGUUAGCCCAGACAAGCAGCUCUGUGGCGUCGAAAAUGACCACGGCACGGUACCGUCCCACCUGGGAGCUGGCCGUGGACCCCCUGGUCUCAUGUAAGCUGUGCCUUGGAGAGUUCCCCCUGGAGCAGAUGACCACCAUCACGCAGUGCCAAUGUGUCUUCUGUACACUGUGCCUGAAGCAGUAUGUGGAACUCCUGAUUAAAGAAGGCCUUGAAACUGCAAUUAGCUGUCCUGACUCUGCCUGUCCAAAAAGAGGACACUUGCAGGAAAAUGAGAUUGAGUGCAUGGUGGCCGCAGAGAUGAUGCAGCGAUACAAGAAGCUGCAGUUUGAAAGAGAGGUGCUCUUGGAUCCUUGCCGGACGUGGUGCCCCUCCUCGACCUGCCAGGCCGUGUGCCAGCUGAAGGAGGCCGACUCUCCAGCGCUACCCCAGCUGGUCCAGUGCGCCGUUUGCGCUCUGGAGUUCUGCUCGGCCUGCAAGGCCAACUGGCACCCGGGUCAGGCCUGCCCGGAGAAUAGCCUUCCCAUCACAUCCUUCCUACCGGGAGAGAACAGCCCGUUCUACAAGAACGAAGAGGACGACGCGCCCAUCAAGCGCUGUCCUAAAUGCAAAGUUUACAUCGAGAGGGACGAGGGCUGUGCACAGAUGAUGUGUAAGAACUGCAAGCACGCCUUCUGCUGGUACUGUCUGGAAUCCCUCGAUGACGACUUCCUCCUGAUCCACUAUGACAAAGGGCCUUGUCGAAACAAACUGGGCCACUCCAGGGCAUCUGUUAUCUGGCACAGAACCCAGGUUGUGGGGAUCUUUGCAGGGUUCGGCCUGCUCCUGCUGGUCGCCUCCCCCUUCCUUCUCCUGGCCACACCCAUCGUCCUGUGCUGCAAGUGCAAGUGCAGUAAAGGCGACGACGACCCCUUGCCCACCUAAAACGCCGCCGCUGAUGAUGUGCAAAGCCACUCGAAAAGGAAGGGGUCAUCUUUCCCCUCCUCUCUUCUUUUCACACUGUUGUUUUGUUUUUUGUUUUUUCAUUUUCUGGGCUGAGCCUGCACGACGGCUGCUUUGGGAUCCAUCGCUCUGCAUGGUAGAUACGCAGUUUGGCCCUAAAGAGGGGUGACAAAAUUGGUGGUUUAAGGGGGAGCAAGUCAGCGCCGCUUCGAGUGGCUUACGAGAUACUUGUCUCGUGUAUGGACAGAAGACUGCUCUUAUUGUACGCCACCGACCACCACCACCAUGUAGCUCUACAGGAUCAGUCCAGUAGCAUUAGAGGUGCACCACGCAUGUUUGGUGUUGACUCGAUUUGCACACAUGAUAUCUGACUGUGAUAGAGACUACCCUCCCUUGAUGAUGUCACUGUUUUAUAACCUCACGCUUUUAAAUGGAACUGAGUCUACUGUCCGUCUUGUACUUUGUCGGAAACCUUUAUUCAUUUAAAGGGGACGCCCGCUCUAAUGUAUACACCUGUGGAGUGGUGCUCUCCUUUAAAUUAAGCAAAGCCAAUCAGAGAACUUUUUUUUUUUUUUUUUUCCCUCAGAGACGUUUCUCCUUUAAUACGCCACCGACUACUCCAAAGUGGUGGUUUUAGCCAAAAUAAAAACAAAUAGCCUUAAGAAUUGAGAAUAGCCAGAAGCAGGCAUCCCCCCCCCCCGUGUCCAAAUAGUCAUCCCAGGGAAAAUGUGUACAAAAAGCCCUGACGAUCCUAUGAUGUCAUGCAUACGUCAUGCUGUUAAUAGCCAUACAAAACUGAUGUUCUGUCGUAUUAUUACCAAGGCUUUGCAUUUCUUAAGUCGUUUCAGAGUCCAGUCGGCCAUCACAUCUUCACCUCUUGGAGAAUUAACAAAUAGCCCCAAAUUGCAAACUUGCAUAUGUUAGUGGUCCAAACUUGUGUCCGUGUUUUGUUUUUUCUUGGUAGUGAACAAAACCUCCAGCAGGAAGCAGCUGCUCCCUUUUAAAAUGGGAGCAACAGAAGAGCCUGUACAGUUAUUGAUAUUAAUGAAUGUUCACUUUUUUGGGGCAUAUUGCUAUGAAGCUGCUCUGAUCUUUAUCACUUUAUCUAUGCAAGUUUGUACAUUCUCCUCGUGUAAAAUGCGCGCCAACAAUUGGUCUGGAACAACAACAGCAACAACAACUCAUGUCCAGGUUAAAGAAAGCUGCAGAAUGUCAUCCACGCAUUUGCAUAUCAUGGGCAUAAAUGUAUUUCCUCAAAUAGUGGCCUCCGCUCAAAUAAACACAGCAAAUCACGUGACGUCCGGAAAGCUGAUGUUUCCCCUAAAAGUGACAUUUCAGGUUUUUUCGUUCACUUUCAUUGCAUCGAAUCUUCAGGCCUAACCAUAGACAUGUUUAUUUUAAAAUAUUUUAUUUUUAAUAUUCUUAUUUUAGAUUUUUUUUGGGGGGGAAACACAGAAAUAUACAAUAUUGUCCAAAAAUCCAGUUGUGACUAGGUCAAUGAAUAUAUAUAUUUGAAAUUUAACCCUUCAAACAUUCUGGAGACACCUGGUGCCAUUCGUUUGUUUUGUUUUUUUUAUGUGCAAGUCAUUUUGGUUGUGUUUUUUGUUAGCUUGAGGAUAUAAAUGUAAAAAAAUGUUUUUGAAUUGUCAUCUCCUGCUGCUUAAAUUAGGUUAAAAUAGCAACUCUACACAAAAAUGUGAUGCAUUUGUUCAUUGUGACCAAAAAUGUCCCAUUGAAUAUGGCAUUUUUAACCUCGCGAAACUGAUGAAAUCUUUAAUGUUAAGGUCUCAAUUUGGAACACAGGCCUUCAAUUCUUUUAUGCUUGUUUGUUCACCAGAAGGUGCUGCUUUUUUCCCAUUCAAAGCAUGCAGCAAAAUACCAGUUUUCUGCCUGGCGACUGAAUAAGUGUGUCGCUGUUGAUGUUUGGAAUGGUGCACAUGUAAGACAGAAGUGGAUGUGUGUUUUCACAUUAGAUAAAAAGUGAAAAAAUAUAAAGUGGUUAUAAUUGUUGGAGUUAAUGGGACUAAAUCGGUCCUUCGGGUAAGGAGUGUUAGUGUACUUUAAAUUCCGGUGUGUACGCACCGGUGUUUAACCAAUACAUUUAGAGAGAAAAACAGAUUUGUACAUAUAUAAGCCGCACCGGACGAUAAACCACACGUGUCCACGUCAUAAAAUGACAUAUUGUGGCGCGCACGAGUCCGUGAGGACCAGGUAGCUCUUUCUUUGGCAGGAGCCAAUCACAAGCUAUGACGGAACUCACGACGAGUUUGUCAACCCAUUGGAAAUCAUUGCUCAAUAUAACCUUCUGACUCACGGUGUCAUCUUAGAAAGAACCCUAAAAUCGUCACACAGCAACUAAACACUGAAAACGUAGAUAGGAAAUACACAAGUACUAAUAUGGCAUUAGAAUAAAAAACAACUAUUUUAACUUCAUGCAUUGCUUCCCAGGAAAGCAGAUCAUUGACCAUGAACGGGGCGCUGCAAUGAUUCAUUCAGCUGCCUCUGUCCACAGGGAGGCAUGAUGAGCUCCCUCUGGACAAUGAAUCAUUACCGUGCCUUGGCAGCCAUAGCCAGUGGGAAGCAAUGCAUGGUGGGAAGAAGUUAAAACAGUUGUUGUAUUUUAUUCUAAACUCAUACUGGUGUUGUGUGUUGUGUAUUUCUUACCUUCCUUUUGAGUGUUAAGUUGCUGCGUGAUGAUUUUAGGGUUCUAAGAUGACACCAUAAGUCCGACUGUUAUGUUGAGUAAUGACCUUCUGUGAUUUCCUAGUGGGUUGACAAGCUCGUCAUGAGUUCCCUUCUAACUUGUGAUUGGCUCCUGCCAAGGAAAGAGCUGCCAGUUCCUCACUGACUCGCGUGCGGCACAGUAUUUAAACGAUUAGUAGUAGUUCUGAAGUAAAGGAGAUGUCACAAGAUUAUAACCAUAUGACCAUAAAUUAUUGAAAAAAUUAUAUAUAUAUAUAUAUAGAUAUAGAUAUAGAUUAUAAUUAAAUGAUUAUUCAUAGAAAUGUACAAAUAAAGACCUUACUCCUUGGAGAUGCCUGACACUUGCAGUUGAGUAAAUAAACUCCGUGGCCACCAUAUGAGGAAAUACAGUACAUGAAAAACAGGAGAUGUUUUUUUUCUGUUUUCUUUCAGAUUUUCUUUGCUUUCUCAAGAGUUGAGCAGUUUUAGUCCCAGCGAAGUGAUCCAAACCACCAUAAAGCAAGAACCCUAUUGAUCUUAAUGGCUUAAAGGCUACUUAUGAAUCAAAGGGCCCAUUGAAUGUAAAAUAACAUCCAAUAUGCCAUGUGUAGGUAUUUUUGUUCAACCAAUCUUCUAACCUUUAAGUAUAUUUAGCAUAUGUUUAGUGCUAAAGUAAGGAGGUUUUAGACAAUUCUUUCUUUUUCUUUUUUUGUGUGUGCACUUCUUCAAACUGCGCACAAAGAUGUAACUGUGAAAUGAAAAUAAAAAGUCUAAUCAUUUAAAAAUAUACUGUAUAUUAUAAAACUGCACUCACAAUAUGUCAUUUCCAAAUUUAAUGGAAAAUAAAAAGAAUUAGCAAUAUAUAAACAAUUAAAAACAAAUUCAAAAUAAUUAAAGCAAGCACAGUAGUUUCAUUGUGCCCUCGAAAACAGAACUCUUGAAUGAUAUAAAAAUAAACUACAAAUAUAAUUUCAAACUGCACUCAAAAAAAAAAACAAACAAGCAAACAUAACUCACUUAAUUCCAUCCAAUUUAUUUUGCGUGACCUAGAAUAUUCCUCAAAGAUAGAAGAUCUUUAAUAGUAUCCACUACUGCGCUGGGACUAGAAACUGUUUAAAAGUCAUGUGUAAAAUACAAGAAGCAUAUUUAAUCCUUUCAUAAUUCCGUAUGUCCACUGUUAGGUUACAUUAUUGCACUAUUUACGUUGUCCAUUUCUAUUCUGGUGGAGUUCAUGUAGCACUUGGGCUGAACGUGUGGCUACAAUGACCAAAAACAGCAUGAUGACCAGUAGCUAUUUCAAGUUGAAACGUAGCUCCAACAUCUGCAGCUCCCUCUUGGUCCCCACAUAGCGUUCUUUCUUCAUGUUAGUAGCCUUAAGUUUGGAGUAUCUUGUAGCCCUUUUUACUCUCCUACAUAUAAGCAUGAUCAAACGACAUUUGGCACAUUCUUUUCAACCACCAAAUGUUGUUUUUAUGACCAUAAAGUUGAUUAGAUUCUUUUUUUUUUUCUUUUUUUUUAAGCGACAAUCGUGCCAAGCAGAUUUCCUGUCGAAAGAGGGCGGGAGUUGUCUACUGUAUGUGCAUUUUGACCAUGUCUUUGUAAUGUAAUAGCAGUUUUUACAGGGCGGGAAAAGAUCCUGAUGCUUCUUCAAUGUGAGCGCUGCACUGUAUUUGGGUUUUCAUUGGUUAUGUUGUUAAUAUCGAGCUGUCAUUUGUGCGGUGCCUGGUGUGUUUCAUGGUGAUAGCUUUCAAAAGAUACACGUGUACUUUUUUUUUUUUUUUUUUACUUUACAUAUCAGAAGAAUAAAAAAAACAAGAAUGUCCCAUUUACAUCUGGAACAGGCACUAAAUGACUUGAAAUAAAACAAAUGUUUCUGUUAUUAUGAGUUUGUUAAUGCCAUAUUCAUUUAAUACGCAUCAGAAGUCCAAAGGCAAACUCUUCGAUGGCACUGCAGAAUGACUUGCAGCUGAUCAGGUUUUCACAUUAAUGAGAAAUCAGCACAGGUGUUAAUAAGUAAGGGCUUAAAUGCAAAGCAAACCAAGUGUUUCUUGCCCUCAAAAGUCAAGAGAUGAAGCUAUUUGUAUCAGAAAUAUCCUCAUAUUUUAGCAUCUUUUUAAGGAACUUUUUCAGGCAUAUGUUGUGCAAACUUGGUGGGCCUACCUCUACCACCUGUAUGUUACUUUUGUUUUAUUUUAAACACCUGUGUCACAUUCUGUCUUUUUAAGUCGUUGCUAACAAAAGAUGACAUUGUAAAGUGACAUAUUUGUAUCAGUUCUGUAUGACUUGGGUUCAGUAUAUAUCUACAGUUCCACUAACACUGUGAUACCAGCUAUUAAAUGUUGUUUUCUUGUGUUA